UAUGUUGGAGACAUCCCCUCAGAGUUUACCUCAGACCCCCACAACCCCAACAGCACCUGUUACUCCACUUGCCCAGGGACCUUCUGUAAUCACAGCAGCCAGUGUACCCAAUGUUGGAGCCAUUCGAAGACGACACUCUGACAAAUACAACAUUCCCAUGUCAUCAGAAAUUGCCCCAAACUAUGAGUUUUAUAAGAAUGCUGAUGUUCGGCCUCCAUUCACUUAUGCAACCCUCAUAAGGCAGGCUAUCAUGGAAGCAAGUGACAUGCAGUUAACACUUAAUGAAAUUUACAGCUGGUUUACACGGACAUUCGCUUACUUCAGGCGUAAUGCAGCGACUUGGAAGAAUGCAGUACGUCACAAUCUUAGCCUACACAAAUGUUUUGUUCGAGUGGAAAAUGUUAAAGGGGCUGUGUGGACAGUAGAUGAAGCAGAAUACCAGAGAAGAAGGUCACAAAAGAUUACAGGAAGUCCGACAUUGGUAAAAAACAUACCAACCAGCUUAGGCUAUGGUGCAGCUCUUAAUGCAAGCCUUCAGGCUGCAUUGGCAGAAAGCAGUUUACCCUUGUUAAGUAACACAGGCUUGUUAAGCAAUGCAUCCACUGGCUUACUGCAGGCAGUGCACGAAGACCUCAAUGGUUCACUGGAUCACAUUGACAGCAAUGGAAACAGCAGUCCCGGCUGCUCACCACAGCCACACAUAUCAUUCAAGUUCCUUGUCACUCCUCUUGACAAAAGGAUCAUUCCAGUCCCCUGUCAUUCCACUUUGAGAUUGCUCCAGUGCCUACAACGACACUCUAUUCACGUCAAAGACGAGCCAGUGAUUGCCGAUGAUGAAGACUGCCCAAUGUCUUUGGUCAACACAGCAAACCACAGUCCAGAGUUAGACGAAGACAGAGAGCUUGAAGAAGAGCCAUUGUCAGAAGACUUGGAAUAAAAAGAGACUCAAGAGAACUCAAAUGAAGGGACAUAGCACUGACCUUCACAACCACUUCACAACCAUGAAUAUUUGACAGAUUUUUACUGUGACUAUUUAUUACACAUGGAUUAUGGAGACAGUCCUAAAGGAACUUGUUGAACUAGCCCUUUGGGAUUAAAAACAGCAGGCAAAUUGCUUGUUGUCAUCUUUUUUUUUAAGGACAAAUACAGAUUUUCUUGAAAAAAAACUUCUUUAUAUAAUGGCUUGCCCAUUUAAAAUAUGGCUCAAAAGGGUUCAUGAAAUGACAAAAUAUGAGGAUAAAUAUUCUAAAGAAGAUGGCCUCAUAUACUGCCAAAAAUAGUGUUAGUUUCAUCAAUGUGAAUCUCAAGCAUACGGUAGUUGUAAUGUUAGAAACUAUUGCUGUUCAAGUUCAGCUUGUUGCUAUUGUUUUUAAUUUGCACAGGAGUAGAAUCAGAAAUGAGUACCACUGCUUGUUUUAGAUGGAUUGAAAAAUACAAACAAACACAUGUUUGUCUUUUUUUCUUAUUUUUUUAUGUUGGUACCACCAGCUGUAAAUUACAUAAGUUAGCUACUGCAAACCACAGUAUUUAGACUGUUGCAACCAUCUAAAAACCUUAGGCUUCCAGUCUGUGCUGUUAGUGUUACGAUGUAAAGUGCAAUCCUAAACUAACAUUGUUUGUGCAAGUACCAUAGAAACAUUUGCAUAUCUGCAUAUAUCUUUACAACUGUGCUAUUUACCUCCUUGUGAUAAAGCUUUGUCUACCUGAAAACACAGUCAAAGGCUACAGCUGCAAACCAAAGCCAACAAACAAUGGCCAAUAGCUCAACGACAGAAGCAGCCACAUGCUUUGGCCAGUCUUCUGCAACUUUAAUUAGCGCAAAGGAACCUUUCCAUGAACUACCUGCUGUUUUCUGAUGACCUCUGGGAUCUUUUUAUUUUGCCCUAUACAAAGAAACCGAUACAAAAAAGUUAAUUGCAUUAUAAUCCUUUCUUGGGAGGCAAAAAGCCACCGAAACACAAAGAAGAUUUGCUUGUAUGUAAGACAAAGGUAAGAACAAUCUCCAGUGGAAGAUAUAACAUAAAGCUACAAAAUGUGGAUCACCAACCAAAAUAUAUAUAUAUAAAUAUAUAUAUAUGUACUUGAUAAGAAUGCAGAAUGCAUAUUGUUAUAAAAAUAUAUAAAUCAUUGUUUUUUUUUAUUUUACUUCCAUAUGAUCACUUGUUUUCUGUGGUGAAUACAUGUUCUUAGACUGUCUUGUACUGUAUAGUCUUACGUAUUGUGUACUUUUUUUAGAGUCUUAAGUUAUAAUUAAAAACGUAGGAACCAAACAUAAAAGAUCUAGUAAAGCCAAAAAUUAAUUCCGUAUUCAUUUAAAGUGAUCAAAGAAAGUUUUUACACUGAAAGCAAAGAUAUUGCAAUUGUAAACCAUGGUAUUUAUUUUCAGUCAAACCAAAGUUACAUAUAAUUCUGCCUCUGCUUAUAGGGAUAAUAAUGCUAACAACACACUCCCUUUGAAGACUUGCACAUACUAAAUAGUUGGAAUGCUGGUUUUCUAAAUAACUUUAAACCCAAAAAUGCUAAAAUUCUCAGAUGCUGAGUCAAAAGUUUGCUAAAGCCUAGAAACUUUACAUGUUGCUUUCCAUGUGUUGUGCCAAGUCUCGAUUAUACUUACCCCCAACCAAGGGACCUCAUAACCUAAUUACGGUUAUUGCUUUACAAACAGUUUUUGAUGUAAGGUGGCUGCUAGAGCUUAAUUUUUGUACCAGCUCUGUGAUAGAGCUUGUUUUUGCAAACUAAGCUUAUCAUUUAUUCUUUGCUGGAGUCAGCAAAAAUGUUAAAAAGACACAGUCAUCUAUCAAGCCAAAUAGAAGGACACAAUGGCUUUCAAAAGGGUUUUCCCACUUACCCAAAAAGGCUUUCUGAAAGAUUCUACCUCUGCACAAAAUGAAAAUGAAAAAAUUCAUAUGAAAAUGAAUGGCAGAUAUAAAUGGUCAGAACGUCACAAUAACUGCUAAUUCACGUGGCAUUUAUCUUUUGGUCACAGCCAAAAGUUUUAUUAGUGUCUGCUAAACAUAUCAUUAAUAAAGAUUUCCAUGGAUCAUAGUGGAAAACAUAAGAAAAUCCAAUAAGGAGAAAUUGGUCUUAAUAAUUACAUACAUCAUGAUCAAGAGGAAGCAACCUUUGGCUCAAUACAGUUUUUGAACUUAAACUUCUAUCACCCUUAUCUAGCAAACUGAUCAUCAGCUGGUGGUUUGUAGGAGUGGAAUUCUGAUAAUAACACCAGAGCCACAGAUUGCCUUCUGCCAAUGUAUGUACAAAUAAAUAUAAUACGUAACUGCGCCAUAAAAAAUGUGGCCAAAGAGUACAAUGCUAAGUAUCCAUACCUCAGCUACAAAAUGUUUGAAAGGAAGUCUCAGCCACAGAAUGCAUAUACCUGUAGAGUUUUGCAUGGGUUUUGUAUAAAUACAAAUAAAAAUAGCUGCUUGCACAUUAUACCAGAAAAACCUCCAAAUUGCAGUUGCUUUGAAAUUAGAUGUUAGGUUUUUUGGGGUUUUCUGAAAUGCUUGGUCUGUAUUUUGAUAAUUGUGCAUAUUAUGUAAAAAACAUUGGUGGACCCAUAAAUGACCAGACUUUUUCUAAGAAAAAUGUUGCUUUAAUGCAUUUCAUGAAUUUUUACUCAUAUAUCAUAGCUUGCUAGAAAUAGCAAACCCACUCACCCACUCUGCUUUGCGUAGCUAUUGUAAGGCUUUGAACUAAUGUAUGUAUUUAUUGCUUGAACCUCUGUGCAUACCUUAUAAAGAGUAAGGUCUGACAAUUUAAAUGCCUCAUGUAUUCUUGCUUCAUACUUUGCUGAUGGGGAUCCAUUAUGUUUUGUAUACAGCAAAUUUAAGUGUAGCACAAACAUCUGUUUAUGUAUUGUUGGUAUAUACCUGUUUAUUUAUCUUUACUGAGGUAAGCACAUUUUGAUCAUUUUUCCAUUACUGUGUACUGGGCUCAUACAUAGAAUUCUCUGACGUUAGAAGUCAUGAUAGAAUUAUCCUGAUAGAACAGUAUUCUAUAUUCAUGGCUUUCAUUGCUGAACAAAAUAAAGGACCAAACCAAGGAUCUGAAAGAAAAUUGUCUACCUCUAACACCAGGGAGUUAUCAGAUUUUAUUUCUCAUAAUUUUGUCUUUCAAAAACACACACAAUUGCUUAAAGCUUGUGGGCGUAUGGCUUGCAUUCUAUAAAGUUGCAUACAUAUCUAGUUCUACUGGUUCGGAAAAAAAUCAAUUACAUUUUCAUGUGACUUUUUAAAGUAUUAGUAGAAUAACCUCUAAUGGGGUUUUUCUUUGAAACCAAAGUCACAAGGGGGCGUUAUCAUAAUUAUUCUACACCCACAGCUAUUUAACUGCAAUCAUAUUUAAUUUCUUACUGAGGGAAUCGGAAGCACAGGUAGAAACAUGUCUACUGAACCACUUAUAAUAAUAAACCAUUUUACACUAUAUUAACAUUGGUCACAUUCACUUGAAGCUGUUAGCAACGUACUGACUAAAUUCCAUGCUUAUAUGUUAAAGUGUGAAAGUUGAUAUUUUGCUUUUUUAUAAAUCCUGAGUUUCUUGUACCAUGCAGCUACUAUAGAACGUAUCAAUCUUUUGCAUUGUUGGUAUAUUUGUUCAAAUAAUUAGAAUAUUUCAUUGAUGAAAUCGGAUUCAGUUAAAAAGGAUGUACAUUUUUACUAUAUGUAUAAACAAUAUUUCUGAACUGUUGGAUGUAAACAUGUAUAUGAAACCAUUUCAUUCAUUUGCCUACAUUUCUGGAAUAAAAAUAAAAAAUAUCUAAAUCUUU